AAGUCCCGCAUCCAGGAGGGACCCCCUCCCCGCCCACGCGCGGCGCCGCGAUCUGCGUCGCGCCCGCGCGCCAAGACAAUGGUGCCGCAGGGUGGCUGCGGCCCGAUGGGCCCGGGCGGCCCGAUGAUGGGCCCAGGCGGACCGAUGCCCGGUAUGCCCGGCAACACGAUGCUGUCGCAGGUGCAGAUGGCUCAGAUGGCGGCGACCCAGCGCAAUAUGCCAGGCGCCUUCCAGGGGGGCUACACCAUCUAUUCGCAGGGCUGUGGUGGAGUGCCCCACGGAGGUGGCUGCGGCUACGGUGGGCAAAUGGGUGGCUGUGCCGACAAGGGCGCGGGCAGAGGGCAGGGCGACGGCGCCAAAGGCAAAGGCCGGGGCAAGGGCAAGGGCAAGGGCAAGUUCGGCGGCGGCAAGCUCGGCGGCGCGCCUCCUGCCUUCGGUGGCCUCAGCGACGCUGCCGCUGAUGCUGCGGCGGCCGGAGACCCUCGGAAGCAGAUCGAGCUGGCGCAGCGGCGCGCCAAGCUGCGCGACCGUUCGGCCAUCAGCCAGGCGCAGCGCUCCGCGCAGCAGCGAUUCGAGAAGGACCUCCUUGACCGAGUGCAGGGAAACUGGGUGGACGCGUCCGACUCUAGCGUGUGCUACGAGGUGGAGGGCAGCCUGUGCGCGGUGUCGGGCGGUGACAACACCCGGACCUUCCGCAACAGGCUCGGCGUUACGCCGGCGAGCUCUGCUGGGAUGCCAGGAGAUUCUGGCACUACCUGGACCUGAACGCCAUGCCGUCCCCCGGCGAGGAGGCCUGCCGAGCCCGCGCGGGGAGGGAGCACCUUGCGCGCCAUCCUGCGGACCGUGCGCACCGCCUCUGUUCGCUGCUGGUGUGAGGCCCCCCUCGCAGCGCUCCGGUCGUUGUUGCCUUCCUCCCAGACCUGGUGCCCUGGUUUCUCGGUGCGGGGCCC